AUGUCAGGCAAGAACUUUAUCGAAAAGGUUGCCAUUGUUGGCGCCGGCGGCCAAGUAGGCACCUACUUAACCAACGCCCUCCUCUCAACCAACAAACACCAAAUCACCGCCCUCACCCGCGCAGGCAGCACAAACCCCAUCCCUGCCGGCGUCACAGUCAAACACAUCAACUACGCCGAACCCUCGACUCUCGUGGACGCCCUCCGCGGCCAAGACGCCUUGAUUUUCUCUCUAUCUGUCCUCGCCACCGACGAAGCAGACAGACUCAUCAAAGCCGCCGCCGAGGCAGAAGUACCCUGGAUCCUACCCAACGAGUUUGGAUACAACUCCGACAACGAUGCGGUCAAUAAAGAUACGCUGACUGGAUUCGCAAAGAAAGCGCAACGCAAAUUAAUUGAGGAGUUAGGGAAGUCCGCGUGGGUUGGGUUGGCGACUGGAUAUUGGUAUGAGUAUAGUUUAUCGGUUGGGGGGUGGUCCUUUGGGUUCGACAUCAAGGGGAAGGAAGUCACCUUCUACGAUGAGGGGAAUGUGAAGAUUCACACCUCGACGUGGCCGCAACUUGGAAAAGCAGUCGCACAUCUCCUUUCCUUGCCCAUCACGUCCGACGACGUCUCCACAACAACCCUGUCCUCAUUCAAGAAUAAAUUCGCCUUCAUCUCUUCGUUCUACGUCAAUCAACGCGACAUCUUCGAGUCUCUACUGCGCGUAACAGGCACAACCCUCGACGAUUGGAAGGUCACCAACCAGCCCUCCGCCGCUCGAUUCGCGUUCGGGAAACAGAUGCUUCAGAACGGCGACAGGCGCGGCUUUGGGCUUGCAUUGUAUGCGCGCACGUUCUUUCCGGAUGGUGCUGGUACGCAUCCGGGCUCUGCGAAUGCGCAGCUAGGAAUCCCCGAAACAGAAGAUUUGGAUGAGUAUACGGCUGUUGCGGUAAAGAUGAAUCAGGAGAAUUAUUUUGAGAAUCAGGUUAUUCCGAGGAUUACCCCGUCGGUGUCUUCUUGA